GUUUCCAUGUUUUCUUUGAGGUGACCCAAAGGUCAUCCCCUUGGCCCCACAUCGCGUGACUCAAAACGUGACACGCCUUACGUAACGCACAAAAAAUGGACUGAAAUGAAACUCUUCUCCGCGGCGGUCUUACUGUAUGAUGCGACUUUGGUGGAAGCGAGGCAGGAUAAGUGGUAAAAGACUGCUGUGGUAUGCAUUUGUAGUUGCAUUUCUUAUCAUCGUUUAUCGGCUAAUUCAAGAGAAUGCCGGUGACAUCGAAAGGCAAUGGACUUGCGAAGAACUUCAUGCAAAGGAUCGACUGAUUCAACUUGUGAGUAUUAACUUCAUCAAUGCAGGAAAUAUUAUUGCAGAAUCAUAAAAAUAAAGGCCCUACGCACCACGAGGUUCGAAGAGGAUAGGUGGAGGUGAGCUGAUGAAAAUGAAAACAAGCAAGGCAGUUACCAUGUGCGAAGUUCCGUUAAAACUCUCCAAGUCUUGAGUUAAUCAAAGUGACAGUUACACAAGGAAGUAAAUGUAUCGUUCCGUUACCCCUUGCAUCGUAUCGUUUCACCAGUAUGCAAUAAAUCGCUUUUUAAUAGUAUAGAUCCAUAAGUAAGAAUGAAAUAUCUGUUACAUAUACUAAAACAGGUUGACAGAUUUUGUUCGUGUCAUCCUAUCUAAAAACAAGAUUAAAUGUAUUGGCAGGAAGCAUAUGCUUCUAAUAUUGGUGAUUAAGGGGUCGUCAAGGAAAGUAAUUGGGAGGUGGGAACGUCCAUAUCCUGCAGUGGUCACGUCUUUCAUAUCAUGCGUGCCUUUAGCCGGGAAUCACCUACCGCCCUUUUAAAUAAUUUCAUUAUUAUCCACGUUUAACCAAAGUGUCAAGAUUUUAAUCGCGGGAUAACUGGAGGAAAUCUCUGCAAGGACUUGUGUGACAGUCAUGACCUUGCCAUUCAAGAUUGCCUCGCUCAUAAGAAUACAACCAUUGUGUUUUCUGGGACGUGGAGAAAUCAUGACAUUGUAUUCAAGACAAAGAGGGAACCACAUCAUUUUGAAGACUUGACAGCUCUAAUUGAUGCUGGACACGGUGGUAAGAUAACAUUAUUAAAGGCAUUCAAGGAAUUAAGUCACUUAGGGACUUCUGAUAAACUGCUAAAUUCUCCUUUCAAGUAAUCUUGUUUAUGCUUUUGAAAUAAAGGGAGAAUUUGACAUCAAAUCAGGAAUCACUUCAGGCCUUUGUAAUGUAAUAAUGGGAACAGGAGUGGGGGACCCUAGAUAUGCAUGCAUCCUACUUUUAUCUCACACCUCAAAUAUUAGUACUCCUUCUUUGCCUGGAACACAAACAUUUCACCCCUACCCCAAUCAACAAAUGAAAACAAAGGGGUGCCAGUGUUUCCUCUCUUGCAGCCGGUAGCCAUGGAUGAAUUGUGGGGGUGUGAUCGGACAUCUGCAUGUAAAAAGGCACUAUGCAGCUGCUUCAGUUUAUGUUUGAUCACGCCUCGCCCAUCCAGACCAGUGUCGGCACAUGUGGAUGUUCAAUGGCCAAAAAAGUUCCAUAUAAGUAGUCCUUUACACCAUUGGCAAUAGCCCAUAGACCCCAGCGGGGGGGGUACUUUAGGAAUUUCUGGGUGAGGAUGUGCCGCUGGGAGCCUGGAACCCUUAACCUAUACCAGAGCUAGUUCAGCUGAAUUUUGCUACCCUAUACUAGAGUAAACUCCCCAAAUCCCCCUAUCCUAGAGUAGCUGUGUACCUAGUCUUGAUAAAAUCUUCAACCAACUGAUCAGUUUCCUGAAAAUGAUACCCUAUUCUAGAGCCAAACGCUGAUUUAUAUACCCUAUCCUAGAGUAAACUGCUUGAAAACCAUACCCUUCACAGCGGCACAUACCUAUAUAGCCCAUAUAUGGCAGUACCCCCGGCCAUAGACUCAAAGAUUAGCUAUGUUAUACCGUAAAAUUCCGAAAAUAAGCCCGUCCAUGUAUAAGCCCCUCCUUAAUAUAAGCCCUCCAAACUUGUAACGCAAACAACCGUCCGUUAAAUCGCCCCUCCAUAUAUAAUCUCCCCAGGGGCUUGUACUUGGAAAUUGCCCUCAAAUACAAAGUAAAACAAAGCAAAAAUGGUAAAUUUCCUUCCAACUGUAAGGCUAGCUCAAUCGAUUUUGAAAUGCAAAUUUCCUUCCAUAGAUAAGCCCCUCUGAAUAUAAGCCCCUCCAAAAAUAAGCCCCUCAAAAAGGGUCUUUGAAAAAUAUAAGCCCUGGGGAAUUUUAUGGUAUUAUGAUUAUAUUAUCACAGAGUGUUUACUGAACACACAUCCCUAUCUAGAGACAUUCAAUUGUACUGAUUGAGUCUUAAAAUAUUUAAAUACAUGUCAUUCAGUUUCAUAACAAAGUUUUAAUUGGUUCAUUGACAGAUAAUGAUGAUGGCAUUACUACUGCAGAUGACCAAGGUGGAAUUCAGGAACUCUUUACGUCCCAUGUGUUUGAACAUGUAGUGAAUGAACUAUCUUUAUUUCAAAUGAAAGAUUUGAUGAAGCCAAAGAGGGUGCUAGAACAACUCUGGUACCCCCACCCCAUGGGUAAACUCACUUGGGCUGAUAUGUCAAGUUUGUGGCUCUUAAUACAAAGAGAUGAAUUUAUCAAGCUGCAGCUACUACAAAGCAUGAAACACAUACCACAAGUGUAUGGAUUCUGUGGGAGAUUCUAUGCUGUUGAAAAAGUGCAAGCGUUAGAGGAAUUGACAUUUACUCCUUUCAGAAAGCCAAUGCCUUGGAAGAAACGCUUGAAAAUAGCUUUGGACUUUUUAAGUCUCGAAAAGGAAUUUUCAAACACAAGUCUAGGAAAACUUCAUCAUUGUGAUAUUCAGCCUGGAAAUUUUGGUAUCACCAAAGAUAUGCGAGUUGUCGCCUUGGACAUUGAUACUGUAUUCCCGACACGACAAAUGAAGGACUUUCUUGAACAGCCAACUUGUGAAAGCAAAAAACAAUGCGACUUUUUUGACUGUGUUUCUUCAUGCAAUCAGACAAUUCAUCAAUGUUCCAGAAAUAUUCUAACAAAUAAUUUACAGGUUAGAAAAGUUUUGAUCACUUACCACCUUUUAAACCAAUAGGGCUGUUCAUCAUCCCAGGGGGUGGGGGGUACUCCCUAUAAUGGCCUAUAUGGGGAGGCUUUGCCUAAAAGGGGUACCUUUUUCAGGCUUCAGGUAUAUGAAAGGGUAGGGAUUUCACUUGUUGAAGUAUAUGAAAGGGUAGGAAAAUCUGUCAUUGUGGGGCUAACAGAUGAAGAAUUUUGUGGCUGUGAAAAAGUCCAAAAAAUGUUCUGGUUGUGUGUUUUAUAAAAAAGAACCAAAUAAUGACUUAAGAGAAUGUUCUUUUUGCUACUGCAGGUCAUUUGUCGCGAUAUUCUGGUAUCAAGUUGGGAACAACCAGGAUUAUUACAAAGAGCUCCUGUGCAUGUUCAAAACAAACUGUCAUCUCUACUAUCAGAAUGUGCAUCAGAAAAGAUGUUGCCAUGGGAACAAAGCAAAAGAAAAAGGAUACAUACAAGGCUCAAGAAAAUUCUAUCUGAAGAACUCUGGUCCAAGUAG